AAUGUAUAUAUUUUUAAUAUAUUUUUAUAUAUAUUAAAAUAGUUACACAAAUGUAUAUAUAUUAUAAACCGCAGAAAAAAUAAAAAAUCUUCAAAUGACAUUUUUCAUGAAAACAUGAAAUAUUAUUUUAAAGUUUUGGUUGACCAAUUAUUUUUGUAACAAAUAUAUAUUAAAAUACUUCAAUUAGUACGUAAGGUUUUCAUGUAACAGGUGAAUAUUAUUAAUUGAAUGAUGAUAGUACGUAAGUGCUACAGUUAAAAACGCACUUCAACCACACCAAAAUCGAAGAUGCUAUAAAACAAGUGCGUUAUUUUACGUGAUAGAACAAACAAAAACAUUUUUUUGCUGAGUGCGGUAUUUAAACAAAACCGCCUUUUUAGUUUUGUAAUUGCUGAUUGGUAACAUUUUGAAAAUCACACUUGUACUGUAUCAAUUACGUCCCGUCCCGCAAACCCCAUUCAUAACCCGAAGAUGCUAUAAAACAAGUGCGUUAUUUUACGUGAUAGAACAAACAAAAACAUUUUUUUGCUGAGUGCGGUAUUUAAACAAAACCGCCUUUUUAGUUUUGUAAUUGCUGAUUGGUAACAUUUUGAAAAUCACACUUGUACUGUAUCAAUUACGUCCCGUCCCGCAAACCCCAUUCAUAACCACAGAAGAUAAAAAUAACGCACUUCAAAUUGGUCAUCCACCCAAAACCAUGCGGUCCACUUAAAAAACGCCUUUGUACAGUAUUUAAUAAAUACUUUUUUUUAUUUUAGUUAAUAUUCUUGCCUAUAUAUUACUACUAGGCUAGGUUGAAAUCAUUCAAUUUAUAUCAUCACGCGUUUCUUUUCUUUUUCCUGUGUAGCCAAACGAAAAAAAAAAUUAUUUAGAAGAACAUAUAGACAUUUAAAGGAAAAAAAAAGAAGACAUCUUGGUCAAAAGAGGAAGAGAGGAAGACGUCCUUUGCUCUGUACUUGGGAAAGAACAAAAGAAAAAAGAAAGCAAGACAUAUUGCUCAGAAAAGAAAGAAAAGAAGACGUGCUCUCUACCUUGGACAACAAGUGAAGAUGUCGUCAAAUCGCCAGCGAAAUACCAACUCUCGCAGACCAACAAAUUCAAACCAAACGGCGGAAGAUUCAACUCCUCCAGCAGAAGCAACAUUAAGGGCUUUUCGUAUAUGUCAAUUACGAGCACAAGGUAUACACAACCUAAGUUACGAAGAGAGAAUAGAAAUGUGGAAUUUGGAAAAUGAGCAGUUUGCAGAGUUAAUAAUCAAUCCAACUUUGACUUAUUAUCAUCGCUAUUUUGAAAGGGCACCAGUACAAACCGAUAGAGGUCUAGGUUGGAGAAAUAUAUGGCGACGACUACAAGAAGAUGAUGCUGCUUGUCUUCAGUUAUUACGAAUGUCACUGCCGUGUUUCUGCUCAUUGUGUGAUACACUACAAACAAGCUAUGGUCUACAACCAACACUAAAUGUAAGUAUUGAAGAAAGUGUUGCUAUGUUUCUACAGAUAUGUGGGCAUAAUGAAGUUCAAAGAGAUGUUGGCUUGAGAUUUAGUCGAAAUCAGGAGACGGUUCAAAGAAAAUUUAUGGAAGUUCUUACGGCAACAGAACUAUUGGCAUGCGAUUAUAUUAGAACUCCAACAAGACAAGAGCUAAUGCGAAUUCCUGAAAAACUUUACUCAGAUCGAAGAUAUUAUCCUUUUUUCAGUGGAUUCGUUGGAGCUAUGGAUGGGACUCAUAUAUGUGUAAAAGUGGAGCCUGAGUUACAAGGAAUGUAUUGGAAUCGACAUGAUAAUGCAUCUUUGAACAUCAUGGCAAUAUGUGAUUUGAAUAUGUUAUUCACAUAUAUAUGGAAUGGAGCACCGGGAUCUUGUCAUGAUACUGCUGUUUUGGCAAUGGCACAACAAAAUGAUUCUGAGUUCCCUUUGCCUCCACGAGAUAAAUAUUAUCUUGUUGAUUCAGGCUACCCAAACAAGCAAGGAUUUUUAGCUCCAUAUAGAUCAUCACGAAAUGGAGUUGUGAGAUAUCAUAUGUCUCAGUUCAACUCUGGUCCUGCUCCUAGAAAUAAACAAGAAUUAUUCAACCGGUAUCAUGCGUCUUUACGUUCUGUUAUUGAGAGGACAUUUGGAGUUUGGAAGAAAAAAUGGAGGAUUCUAUCUGAUUUUCCAAGAUACAAUGUCCACGUUCAAAAAAGAGUGGUAAUGGCUACAAUGGGAUUACAUAACUUUAUCAAAAUAUCAAACUACUCGGACGAAGACUUCGCAAAUACAAUGCAAGAUAUGAGACUGGAUAACGGAGAUCCAAAACCUGGUAUUGCUGAUACAGAAGAAAUUUAUACGGCACAGGGAGAACAAAUGGCACAAAUAAGAGAUACUAUUGCAAAUAUGUUGUGGGAAAAUCAAAAUAGUCGAUAGUAGUUUUUUUUUGUAUUUUACUUUUUUUAAAAAUAUAUAUGUAAUUUAAAUUUUUAAUUCAGGUGAAUUUUGGUAUUAAAAUUUUCUAAAUAAGAAAAAAAAAUUACAUCAAUAACAGUAAAGAAAAAAUUUUGAAUUUUAAAUUAUAUUGAUUUCAUUGAUAUUUUUGUUUAACAUGAUUUUUUUAAUUGUUCAAUUCCGCAAACUAUACAUGUUCACCAAUCAACACAAUUCCGCACCGCUAAUUUUAUCAAAACCGCACUUGUCCCGCAAACCGCACGAACCGCACUUGGACCGUACCGCACUUAAAUUCCGUCCCGCUAAUAUUACUAAUUCCGCGGUCACCAUUCGGACCCUCAACCUCCGCUCCAUUCAAGAGGGAAUCUUAUUACCCAAAAAAUCUGAAGAAUCUGACCCGUACCUGAACGAGCAUAUGCCUACAGUGUUAUUUCACCAAAGUGUGAACCAAUAAGAAAAACGAAUUUGUUUAUUAAAUGCGUUCUUUUGAGCUUCCAAACACCAUUUUGACUUAUUAGACAAAACCACUGAAUUCAGUCAGAGCACGACACGAGUCCAAGUACUAGGUGUAAAAAGCGUUAGUGGUGCUGAUGAUAGUAAGAUAUUUGUUGGUGUUUUGUAGAUCAUAUAACAAUGAUGAUGACUCGUAAUGGUUCCAACCAAAUAUAACUGUGGUUCAAUCAAUCAGCAGAUUCAUGUUUCAGUGCUAAAUCAAAUGAAUUGGAAUCUAAUAUAAAGGUCAAAGUGGUAGUACUUACGUAAUAAAAUUGAAUGGAAGAUCAUGAUGAGAAGAAUACCAUUUGUGAUUAAUUUUUUAUUUAUAAUUUUAUCUGAUAAAAAUUGGAUUAUCAAAAUUUUAGAGGACUAAAUAAUCACUAUACCAAAUUAAUCUUUUACUUUGUCAUAUAAAAUUUGGUCCAUGUAUGAUUUUGUUUUAUAUCUUAGUGCAUUUUUAAUGGGGUUUUACCCAUUGAAAUUCUAAAAUUUUAUAUACAUAUAUGUAUAUAUGUGUAAGUAUAUAUUAUAUAUUUGUAUGCAAUUGUACGGUCCAUUAUUUUACAUGAAAUUCAACUCAAAGUUAUUUAAAACAAAAGUGCUCUUAACAUUUAAAAACAAAAUAUAGUUUUAUGCCGCUUUAAUUUUAAAAUAAUAUUAAAAUUUUAUGGGACAAAAAUAGUCACUCUGUACUAAAUUAAUCUUUUACUUUGUCAGAUAAAACUUAGUACCUC